UCUCCGUAUGUUUUUGGCAUCGUUUCGCCAAGAAUCUCCUAGAAUUCCCAGGGAAGGAGAGAAGCUUGUUUCCCGUGUAGCAACCCUUGAAUUCUGCAGUGCGUAAGUUAGCGGUGUGUUCGCAGUAACCAAUGGCUCCUUUCGAUGGGCGGUGACUGGUUUGACAGCGACAGCACAGCACCCUCGUUCACGUCCCUGUCUGGGGAAUGUUUUGAAGACCAGCUAACUACUGCACGAGCAGUGGGCGACAACAAGAACAUUUUAACAGUUUGCCACAACAGUGGCACUUUGGUUGCCCAUCCUAUGCACGCUCCUUCUCCCGGCUCAGCACCCUGAAGGCAGCGCGAGAGGCACGGCAGCCCCGGGGUCCCCGCGUGUUGUGGCGAGAAUCGCUGAAAUGAGAUGAGGCUCAGACAUGGAACGGUUGCCACUGCGAUCAUUUUCUUCACGUCUUUUCUCAGCCUGUCGUGGUACACAGCCUGGCAGAAUGGCAAAGAGAAGCUGGUAGCGUACCAGAGAGAGUUCCACGCCCUGAAGGAGCGCCUGCGCGUGGCGGAGCACAGGACCUUGCAGCGCUCCUCGGAGCUCAACAGCAUCCUGGAGCAGUUCAGACGUGCCAUCGCAGAGACCAACGGCAGCAAGGACGCGCUCAACAACUUCUCCGAUGAGACUCAGAAGCUGUUGAAGGAGCUGGCCAGCAGGAAGCCCCUCCAGGUGCCAAACAUCUACCACCACCUGCCUCACCUGCUCAACAAUGAGGGCAGUCUGCACCCUGCCGUACAGGUGGGCCUGGGACGCACUGGAGUCUCCAUGGUGAUGGGGAUCCCCACAGUGAGGAGGAAGGUGAAGUCGUACCUGGCGGAGACGCUACACUCCCUCAUCGACAAGCUCUCCGUCGACGAGAAGCUGGACUGCGUCAUCAUCGUGUUCGUGGGGGAGACAGACACAGAUUAUGUUCACAGUGUGGUGACCGACUUGGACAAAGAGUUUUCUACAGAGUUCAGCUCUGGGCUCCUGGAGGUGAUCUCUCCUCCAGCCAGCUACUACCCAGACCUCAGCAACCUCAGAGAGACCUUUGGAGACUCCCGAGAAAGAGUCAAAUGGCGGACCAAGCAGAAUCUAGACUAUUCCUUCCUCAUGAUGUACGCCGUCAGUAAAGGAGUCUACUAUGUACAGCUGGAGGAUGACAUUGUCGCCAAGCCAAACUACUUUGCCACCAUGAAGAACUUUGCCCUGCAGCUCUCCUCUGAAGACUGGAUGAUCCUGGAGUUCUCUCAGCUGGGCUUCAUAGGUAAGAUGUUCCAGGCUCCAGAUCUGAACCUGAUUGUAGAGUUCAUCUUCAUGUUCUACAAGGAGAAGCCCAUAGACUGGCUGCUGGAUCACAUCCUGUGGGUGAAGGUGUGCAACCCGGAGAAGGACGCGAAACACUGUGAGAGACAGAAGUCAGGUUUGAGGGUGCGCUUCCGGCCCUCUCUGUUCCAGCAUGUGGGGCUCCACUCGUCCCUGGCUGGAAAGAUCCAGAAGCUCACUGAUAAGGACUUCCUGAAGCCCCUUCUCCACAAGAUCCAUGUGAACCCCCCAGCCGAGGUCUCCACCUCACUAAAGGUGUACCAGGGCCACACCCUGGAGAAGACCUACCUGGGAGAGGACUUCUUCUGGGCCAUCAACCCCACAGAGGGAGACUACAUACUGCUGCGCUUCGACAGGCCUGUCAGCAUCGACAGGUUCCUGUUCCGCAGCGGGAACCAGGAGCACCCGGGGGACCGCAUAGAGAACACCACUGUCGAGAUCCUGCCUUUCUCGGACAAUGGACUGCAGACCAAAGUGAAAUAUAAGAAAACUGAAGAUAAUUUUUACAGAAUCGGUCAGUUCCAGAAGGGCGUGGCGGAGGGCGUUGUCGACCCCUCCUUCAACCCCGUGCUGGCGCUGCGCCUCUCCGUCCUGAAAAACUCAGCCGUCUGGGCCAUCGUCAGCGAGAUCCAUAUAAAGAAAAUAGCAGGCUAACUGACCGGGGGGGGCUACAUCAAUCAAGACCCCCCUCAGAGGGCUGGCGACCCUCACAGAUUGACUGUGCACAUGGGCCUCUGGCGCCUAGCAACCUGCAUGACAUCACCAGAGCCCCACCAGAGCCCCACCAGAGCGCCGAGAGGCUGUUUGUGGGGCUGCCUCGCAAUUCUGUCUUUCACUGCCUCCCUCUUUCUCUCUAUCACUCUGUCUUUCUGCUACCUCUCACUCUCUCUCUAUCUCCCUCUCUCUCUUUCGUCCUCCCUCUCCCUCCCUCUCUCUCUCUUUUUUUGUUUUAUGAAUGUGAAGACUACUGAUCAGUGGAAGACACUGUUAAUCACUCGGAGAGGCUCUGGUGUGUGCUGUCAGGACCGCUAACGCUCUGUCUCUGGAGGUGACUGCCGGGUCCUGGGAGGCUGGUUACAGACACACAUCAUCAGACAUGCCUAAGGGAUCAUCAGACAUUAGUAAUGGAUGAGCAGCCACACCUAGGGAUCAUCUGAGCUGGUGAUGUCACCCAGACACCCUGGUGUUGCAGUGCACAGUCCAGAUCCAGCUCCACAGCGCUCUUUCGCCUCCUCUGGACAGGCUUGGUACUGCAGCAUGGCUGGAGCCAUGACACUGCCCUCUGCUGGUAAGAAAUGGUCAUCGCCGAUGAAGAUACUCCUGAACUUGAAAACGAACCAGUUGCUUUGUGUUCGACCUUAUUUGACUUUCCUUCUGCUCAGAAAACCAGUCAUUUGUUCAGAUAGUGUCUGUUUGUAGUGUCUCUCUUUCUCUCUUUUUUAAAGGGGUUUGUUACUAUGGUGACAAACUGAAUAGUACAUAAGCAGGUUGCUCCCCCUGCAUUUUAUGGAGGCAGCUGUGUCUCUGCCAAACUAAUUGGUGAGAUCUUCUACCCAGGAGGAAGUUGGUCUAAGUCACAGGUCUCAGAUCAGCAUACCAUCCUUCAGUCGUUACCUUUUACUAUCUGGGGCUGCUGUCAGAACGGAGUCCAAGGAAACUCCACCCUCCAAAUCCCCUUAAGUUAUUGCAGUGAAGGAAACCAUAUCUAUCUCACUACUUCAUGUCUCUAGCAAGAAGUCAGGCAUUUGACCUCCAGUGUCCUUUUAUGGUUAACCAAUCAGACAUGGCCUUGACAUGCUAUCGCUCACCUGGGGAAAUAUAUAUAAAUAAAUAUAUAUAUACUGUAUAUAUAAACAGAAUACAUUAUAUUAUUACAGCAAUGAUGAUCUAUGAAGGUGACUUAAUUUAUUUGAAAUAAAUCUUUAAUUUGUACAAGGUUUAAAAAAUAUUUUAUUUUGUAGUCUGUAAACAGUUUAUUCCACAGCUGUUUGUUGGUGAAUUGUUGUUUUUUCUCUCUGAAUUUUGAUUGAUGUUUUUUAACAGAGCUGCUUGGCAUCCAUGCUGUCUUGCCCGCGUUAGAACAGGUGAAACAAACCCCAUGUUGUCCAACACGUUGAAGUUAACUUUGAAGUGAAAGGAUGUGGAGGACUUAGAAGAGAGUUGGAUUGAGAAUAAGCCCCUCUGCUCCUCAUCCCCAAUCUGGAGGAUUCCCCCUGGAGGAUUCCCCCUGGAGGAUUCCCCCUGGAGGAUUCCCCCUGGAGGAUUCCCCCUGGAGGAUUCCCCCUGGAGGAUUCCCCCUGGAGGAUUCCCCCUGGAGGAUUCCCCCUGGAGGAUUCCCCCUGGAGGAUUCCCCCUGGAGGAUUCCCCCUGGAGGAUUCC